CCAUCACGCCUGCCACAGGAUGUUCGCAAACAACUUACCGCGCAGUGCCGGCAAGCCAAGCUUCUCCCAAACGAUACGCGGGGCACUUCUACCACCAAUAACUCCUCCUCCCCGAUGUUCAUUCUGAAGAGUUUCCUUCGAGGAUUUGCUACGAACACGGCGCGCCUCGUACCGGAUGGCAGCUAUCGUACGGUGGUGGGGAACCAGACGGUGGCGAUCCAUCCGUCGAGCGUGUUGUUUGGCAAAAAGGUGGAGGCGAUCCUGUACAACGAGUUUGUUUUUACGAACCGUAGUUACGCGCGUGGGGUGAGCGCCGUGCAGAUGGAUUGGGUCGGAGAAGCGUUGUCUGGGUAGGAUUUUCUUGGUACUC